AGUUCACAGUGUGACACCCAGCGGAAGUAGCCACACAAAGAAAGCGCUAGCAGCGUUAGCUCUGUGGAUGUGUGGAGUGAGUUUGAAGACGCUGGUGGAGCCGUAUUUCACUUCAUUGGUUCUGAAGAAACAAUGUCCUCAGUUCAGAGUUUAACGGAAUUUGGGAAGCAGACACUAACUGCUGCUGCUGAUGAAAUAUACAGAGUUUUAGAUCAAACUAUCGUCGAGUACGAGGAAGAGAUCGAUCGUCAGCGCAGACUGCUGGAUAUCGUGUGGAAACCUGAGAUAAGGCUGCACAGGACAGAGCUCCCACAGCAACAUGUCUGUAAGGAGGAGGAGGUUCUCACUGAGCAGCAGCUCUGUAACCAGGAGAGGAACUCCAGUCUGGACCAAGAGGAGCCAGAGCCUCCACAGAUUAAAGAGGAACAGGAGGAAGUGUGCAGCAGUCAGGAGGGAGAGCAGCUUGUACUGAAGCAGGAGAGCCAGACCUUUAUGUUGACUCCUACUAAUGAGGAAAGUGAGCACAGUGAAGCAGAAGCAAACAGUGAGCAGCAGCUCCUCUCUCACAACUCUCCUGUAGCUGAGAGCCAAGAUCAGAGAGGAAGCCAGCAUGUGGACCCAGGAUCAACUACAAAUGUAGAGACACAGACAAAGAGGAGACGUCUCAAUAACAACAUACACAACUCAGUCACAACACAGAAUCACUGUGACACAGAGUUUUUUAAGGAGCGACUAACUGCUGCUGUUAAAGAAAUGUUUGGAGAUUUUGAACAAACCAUCGCAGAGUACGAGGAGGAGAUCGCUCGUCAGCGCAGACUGCUGAAUAUCGUCUGGAAACCUGAGAUAAGGCUGCACAGGACAGAGCUCCCACAGCAACAUGUCUGUAAGGAGGAGGAGGUUCUCACUGAGCAGCAGCUCUGUAACCAGGAGAGGAACUCCAGUCUGGACCAAGAGGAGCCAGAGCCUCCACAGAUUAAAGAGGAACAGGAGGAAGUGUGCAGCAGUCAGGAGGGAGAGCAGCUUGUACUGAAGCAGGAGAGCCAGACCUUUAUGUUGACUCCUACUAAUGAGGAAAGUGAGCACAGUGAAGCAGAAGCAAACAGUGAGCAGCAGCUCCUCUCUCACAACUCUCCUGUAGCUGAGAGCCAAGAUCAGAGAGGAAGCCAGCAUGUGGACCCAGGAUCAACUACAAAUGUAGAGACACAGACAAAGAGGAGACGUCGCAAAAACACAAGUCACAGGAACAAUGAACACAACUCUCCCACAACAGAGACUCACUGUGACACUCAGAAAGGUCAACAGACUUUAAGAUGUGACACCUGUGGGAAAACUUUUAAGUACAAGUCUCAACUGGACGUACAUCUGAUAAUCCACACAGGCUGUUGUCAUCUCCUGCUGCAGAGACAAGAACGUGUUAGUCACAGAAUCUGAUCAAUAAAUCUGUUUUUCCUUUUCUAAAUCUAAUAACUUAUUUUACUAAGUCACUAUACUAUGACAUUUUUUUCACUUUUGUGACACCCUACUAUACUGUGACUUUUUUUGACGCCAUACUAUACUGACUUUUUUUUCACUUUUUUGAUGCCUUAUUAUACUAUGACAUUUUUUUCACUUUUUUGAUGCCUUAUUAUACUAUGACCUUUUUUGGCGGUUUUUAUGCCAUACUAUACUAUGACAUUUUUUUUUACUUUUUUGACUAUACUAUGACAUUUUUUGAAUGCUUAUUAUACUAUGACUUUUUUUUCACUUUUGUGAUGCCUUACUAUACUGUGACAUUCUUUUUCACUUUUUUGAUGCCUUACUAUACUGGGACUUUUUUUUCACUUUUUUGAUGAUUUGCUAUAGUAUAAUUUUUUUUUGGCCUUUUUUGACUCCUUAUUAUACUGUGACUUCUUUUUCACUUUUUUGACACCUUACUAUACUAUGACAUUUUUUUCACUUUUUUGACGCCUUAUUAUACUAUGACAUUUUUUUUCACUUUUGUGAUGCCUUACUAUAGUAUAAUUUUUUUUGGCAGUUUUUGACUCCUUAUUAUACUAUAACUUUUUUUUCUUCACUUUUUUGACGCUAUACUAUACUAGGACAUUUUUGUCACUUUUUUGAUGCCUUACUAUACCAUACCAUUUUUUUUCACUUAUUUGAUGCCUUACUAUACUGUGACAUUUUUUGCACUUUUUUGAUGCCUUAUUAUACUAUGACAUUUUUUUUCACUUUUGUGAUGCCUUACUAUAGUAUAAUUUUUUUUGGCAGUUUUUGACUCCUUAUUAUACUAUAACUUUUUUUUUUUUCACUUUUUUGACGCUAUACUAUACUAGGACAUUUUUGUCACUUUUUUGAUGCCUUACUAUACCAUACCAUUUUUUUCACUUAUUUGAUGCCUUACUAUACUGUGACAUUUUUUGCACUUUUUUGAUGCUUUACUAUAGUAUAAAUUUUUUUUGAUGCCUUAUUAUACUAUGACCUUUUUGGUGGUUUUUAUGCCAUACUAUACACUAUACUAUGACAUUUUUUGAAUGCUUAUUAUACUAUGACUUUUUUUUCACUUUUGUGAUGCCUUACUAUACUGUGACAUUCUUUUUCACUUUUUUGAUGCCUUACUAUACUGGGACUUUUUUUUCACUUUUUUGAUGAUUUGCUAUGGUAUAAUUUUUUUUGGCCUUUUUUGACUCCUUAUUAUACUGUGACUUCUUUUUCACUUUUUUCAUGCCUUAUUAUACUAUGACAUUUUUUUUCACUUUUUUGAUGCUUUAUUAUACUAUGACAUUUUUUUCACUUUUUUGAUGCUUUAUUAUACUAUGACAUUUUUUUCACUUUUUUGACGCCUUACUAUACUGUGACAUUUUUUUCACGCCUUACUAUACUAUGACAUUUUUUUCACUUUUGUGACACCCUACUAUACUGUGACUUUUUUGACGCCAUACUAUACUGUGACAUUUUUUUUCACUUUUUUCACGCCUUACUAUACUAUGACAUUUUUUUCACUUUUUGAUGCUUUAUUAUACUAUGACAUUUUUUUCACUUUUUUGAUGCUUUACUAUAGUAUAAUUUUUUCACUUUUUUGAUGCCUUAUUAUACUAUGACCUUUUUUGGCGGUUUUUAUGCCUUACUAUACUAUGACAUUUUUUUUUACUUUUUUGACUAUACUAUGACAUUUUUUGAAUGCUUAUUAUACUAUGACUUUUUUUUCACUUUUGUGAUGCCUUACUAUACUGUGACAUUCUUUUUCACUUUUUUGACUCCUUAUUAUACUGUGACUUCUUUUUCACUUUUUUGACACCUUACUAUACUAUGACAUUUUUUUCACUUUUUUGACGCCUUAUUAUACUAUGACAUUUUUUUUCACUUUUGUGAUGCCUUACUAUAGUAUAAUUUUUUUUGGCAGUUUUUGACUCCUUAUUAUACUAUAACUUUUUUUUUUUCACUUUUUUGACGCUAUACUAUACUAGGACAUUUUUGUCACUUUUUUGAUGCCUUACUAUACCAUACCAUUUUUUUCACUUAUUUGAUGCCUUACUAUACUGUGACAUUUUUUGCACUUAUUUGAUGCCUUACUAUACUGUGACAUUUUUUGCACUUUUUUGAUGCCUUAUUAUACUAUGACAUUUUUUUUCACUUUUGUGAUGCCUUACUAUAGUAUAAUUUUUUUGGCAGUUUUUGACUCCUUAUUAUACUAUAACUUUUUUUUUUUCACUUUUUUGACGCUAUACUAUACUAGGACAUUUUUGUCACUUUUUUGAUGCCUUACUAUACCAUACCAUUUUUUUCACUUAUUUGAUGCCUUACUAUACUGUGACAUUUUUUGCACUUUUUUGAUGCUUUACUAUAGUAUAAAUUUUUUUUGAUGCCUUAUUAUACUAUGACCUUUUUGGUGGUUUUUAUGCCAUACUAUACUAUGACAUUUUUUUUUUACUUUUUUGACUAUACUAUGACAUUUUUUGAAUGCUUAUUAUACUAUGACUUUUUUUUCACUUUUGUGAUGCUUUACUAUACUGUGACAUUCUUUUUCACUUUUUUGAUGCCUUACUAUACUGGGACUUUUUUUUCACUUUUUUGAUGAUUUGCUAUGGUAUAAUUUUUUUUGGCCUUUUUUGACUCCUUAUUAUACUGUGACUUCUUUUUCACUUUUUUGACGCCUUAUUAUACUAUGACAUUUUUUUUUCACUUUUUUGAUGCUUUAUUAUACUAUGACAUUUUUUUCACUUUUUUGAUGCUUUAUUAUACUAUGACAUUAUUUUCACUUUUUUGACGCCUUACUAUACUAUGACAUUUUUUUCACUUUUGUGACACCCUACUAUACUGUGACUUUUUUGACGCCAUACUAUACUGUGACAUUUUUUUUCACUUUUUUCAUGCCUUACUAUACUAUGACAUUUUUUUCACUUUUUGAUGCUUUAUUAUACUAUGACAUUUUUUCACUUUUUUUGACUCCUUACUAUACUGUGACUUUUUUUUGGCAGUUUUGGAAUGCUUAUUAUACUAUGACUUUUUUUUUCACUUUUUUGACUAUACUAUGACAUUUUUUGAAUCCUUAGUAUACUACGACAUUAUUUUGCUGUUUUUGACUCCUCACUAUGCUAAGACAUUUUUUCCCUUUUUUGACACCUUACUAUACUAUUCAGUGCUCAAUUCCAAUCUUUUACUGUGUACAUAGAUGUUUAUACUGUUCAUAUUGUUUGUAAUUUUAACAUUUUGUUAUAUAUCAUAUUAUCUUAUUUUAUACCUUGUCAUCAUAACUUUUAUUGCUGCAGUUGCUGUUCCUCCAAUAAAUACAUCUGAACAAUA